GUGACACUAAGCUUCUUCGACCAGUUUAUAAGCCCAACACUCCUUGGAAUCCCCCUAAUCGCCCUAGCACUAACUCUCCCUUGAGUUCUAUUCCCAAAACCAUCAUCCCGCUGACUGAACAACCGAGUACUGACCCUCCAAAGCUGAUUCAUUAACGGAUUUGCCCAACAAAUCUUCCAACCUAUUAAUCAAGGGGGACAUAAAUGAGCGGCCCUACUUACAUCCCUCAUGAUCUUCCUAAUCACCCUCAACAUGCUAGGCCUGCUCCCUUAUACAUUUACACCAACAACUCAACUCUCUAUGAACAUGGCCUUUGCAGUCCCCCUUUGACUGGCAACUGUAAUUAUUGGCAUACGAAAUCAACCAACCCACGCUCUGGCCCACCUGCUGCCAGAAGGAACACCGACCCCUCUCAUCCCUAUCUUAAUUAUAAUCGAAACGAUCAGCCUAUUCAUCCGUCCGUUAGCACUAGGGGUCCGACUUACCGCCAACCUUACAGCCGGCCACCUGCUUAUUCAACUAAUUGCCACCGCUGCUCUAGUCCUACUACCCCUAAUACCUACAGUAGCCAUUUUAACAGGAGCACUUCUACUAAUAUUAACACUCCUAGAGGUUGCCGUAGCUAUAAUUCAAGCCUACGUCUUCGUGCUCCUCUUAAGUCUAUACCUACAAGAAAACGUCUA